CACUGGCCGACUUUGACGAACCCAAGCGGUCUACCUUCGUGAUGUUCGGGGUCCUCACCAUUGCCGUCCGCGUCUACCACGACCGCUGGGGCUACGGGGUGUACUCGGGCCCCAUCGGCACAGCGGUCCUCAUCAUCGCGGCUAAGUGGCUGCAGCAGAUGAAGGAGAAGAAGGGGCUGUACCCCGACAGGAGCGUCUACACCCAGCAGAUAGGCCCCGGCCUCUGCUUCGGGGCCCUGGCCCUGAUGCUGCGCUUCUUCUUCGAGGACUGGGACUACACCUAUGUCCACAGCUUACACUGCGCCCUGGCCAUGUCCUUCAUCCUGCUGCUGCCCAAGGUCAACAAGAAGGCGGGGAGCCCGGGGCCCCCGGCCAAGCUGGACUGCUCCACUCUGUGCUGCGCCUGUAUCUGACCUUGACCCCCGACCCCGGCUCCAAGCCCCCACCGCCUGGUCUCGUGCCUGGCGCAUCCUGCUGUCCUUCCCGGCCCCGAGUGUCCAGGAGCGACU